GCCGGGGGCGGCGGGCGCCGCACUCGCUGAGGCCCGACGCAGGGCCGGGCGCGCCCAGGGCCGGAGCGCAGCGGCCGGAACGGCCCGGAGGCGACGCCGGGGCCGAGCGCGCGACGAGCAGGUGGCGGCGGCUGCAGGCCUUCAAGUUGGAAGCCUCUGAGGACGAUUGCUCACCCCACUGACCCUGCUGACCCUGGGCCACGGACGGCUGUUCUCAGUGAAGGGCCCUGCACUCGCUACUGAGCUGUGGCCAUGGGCCUGCUUGCCUUCCUGAAGACCCAGUUCGUCGUGCACCUCCUCAUCGGCUUCGUCUUCGUGGUGAGCGGGCUGAUCAUCAACUCCAUCCAGCUCUGCACGCUCGUCCUCUGGCCCGUGAACAAGCAGCUGUACCGCCGGCUCAACUGCCGCCUUGCAUACUCGCUCUGGAGCCAGCUGGUCAUGCUUCUGGAGUGGUGGUCAUGCACGGAGUGCACCCUGUUCACCGACCAGGCCACGGUGGGCCACUUCGGGAAGGAGCAUGUGGUCAUCAUCCUGAACCACAACUUCGAAAUCGACUUCCUCUGUGGGUGGACCAUGUGUGAGCGCUUUGGCGUGCUGGGGAGUUCCAAAGUCCUGGCUAAAAGGGAGCUGCUGUACGUGCCCCUCAUCGGCUGGACGUGGUACUUCCUGGAGAUCGUGUUCUGCAAACGGAAAUGGGAGGAGGACCGGGAUGCCGUCAUCAAAGGGCUGAGGCGCCUGGCUGACUACCCCGAAUACGUGUGGUUUCUCCUGUACUGUGAGGGCACGCGCUUCACGGAGAAGAAGCAUCGGGUCAGCAUGGAGGUGGCCGCCUCCAAGGGGCUGCCCGUCCUCAAGUACCACCUGCUGCCUCGGACCAAGGGCUUCACCACCGCGGUCCAGUGCCUCCGUGGGACAGUCGCAGCUGUCUACGACGUCACACUGAACUUCCGAGGAAACAAGAACCCGUCUUUGCUGGGGAUCCUCUACGGGAAGAAGUACGAGGCGGACAUGUGUGUGAGGAGAUUUCCUCUGGAAGAGAUCCCGCUGGAUGAAAAGGAAGCGGCUCAGUGGCUUCAUAAACUCUACCAGGAGAAGGAUGCGCUGCAGGAGAUGUAUAACCAGAAAGGCGUGUUUCCGGGGGAGCAGUUCAAACCCGCCCGGCGGCCGUGGACACUCCUGAACUUCCUCUUCUGGGCCACACUUCUCCUGUCUCCUCUCUUCAGUUUUGUCUUAGGCGUCUUUGCCAGUGGGUCUCCUCUUCUGAUCCUGACGUUCCUGGGGUUUGUCGGGGCAGCUUCCUUUGGAGUCCGCCGACUGAUAGGAGUGACUGAGAUAGAGAAAGGCUCCAGCUAUGGAAACCAAGAAUUUAAGAAAAAGGAAUAAUGAACGGCUGUGACUGAACACACACACACCUGACCGUGGUAUCCAAUUAACUCAAUUAAAAACAACACCACACACAGAGCGGGGGUGGGGAAAAAAGACACUUAGAAACUAUUUUUCUUAUUAACUGGUGACUAAUACUGACCAAUAAAACUUGAGCCAAGAGCAAAGCAGUCGGAAGGCCUGCAGACGGAGACAGACGCCAGCCUCGCACCUGCGCGUCCGCUGCCGGCAGAGCGGCCCGGGGGACCCGCUCCCGGGACAACGGGUGUCGCCGCUGCUCCCGGGACAACGGGUGUCGCCGCUGCUCCCGGGACAACGGGUGUCGCCGCUGCCGUCUCUCUAGAGCUCUGCCUGACAGGGAACUUUUGGAUGCUUUCUCUUCUCACACUUAGAUCCAGUUUUUGGUUUUUAUCCGUUAUCUCGGGAGUUUCCCCCUGCCCCUCGCCUCCUCCCCUGUUCUCCCUGCAAACUCCCUUCCCCCGUCGCCCCCGGGACGGUGUGCGCGGGUCCCGGCGUCCCCAGAGCACCCGCCGGUCCCGACCUGCUGGCACCUCGAUUCCAGGCAAUGGGGGCGGGGCCUGGGGACGUCCCCUCGGCGAUAAGCACACUGGGCGGGGCUGGCGGCGGGACACGCCCCCUGGUCGUUUCCGGAGCGUCCUCGCGCUUCCCACCUAAGCCUGCCUGACACACCUUAAAUCGGUUUUAAAGCGAGUGGAGCCCGAGAACUCGGUGAGAUGUCGAGUCCUUCCCGUGCCUGGAGCUCAGCUCCUCUGUCCCACCCGGUCACCCCGCCGGGUGCAGGGCGGCCCCCUCCCCAGCCGGCCGGAGCCGGGGAGACCUCCGCCCGCAGCCCGCAGGACUGUUGGAUUUUUGAAAAGGCAGUGUCACCAUCAUCCUGUCUUCUAAAGGAGACUGUUAACACGGAGCUUUUAGAGAUUUUAUUUUCACAGUUGAUCUGUUGAUGGCUCUCAACUUCCUAAUGGAAGCUAGAGGUGGUGAGCCUUCCCCUCCGCUGCCACCCCCCUUCCGAGCAGAUGCACUUGUCCUGGGGGAGGGUGACCGGAGUGCCCUGACCUCGUCCCCUUCAGCCUGCUGCCCUGGUGGGAGCCGUUUCUUCCUCAGAGGGAGGUAUUUCGUGCGCGCUUGGCCAAUGGCCUGGCCGGGCUGCUGGGCAGAGUGGGGCGACUGGGACGCCCUCCCCGCUCCCGCUGGAGCCCCGCACUCCGCCAGGCCAUUCCACUGUCACCCUGCCUGCAUCGGACUUUCGUCUUAAACGUUCAACUUGGUUUUUUUAAGUCACAUUCCCCUCAUCUUUUUUAGCAAGGGAAAGAAAUAUAAUGGGUGUUAUCUCUGAUAAUACUGUAACCAGCGUUCAGCAUAGAGGCAGGUUGAAUUUUCUAGGGGAAAAGAUGGAAGCAAGAGGCAUGGAAAACAGUAUAAACUAAACUGGAACAAUGCAUUGGCCCUAAGUAUGCAUUCUGGGAGACUUAUGGAAACAGCAUAUACCCUUCAUAAUGACACUACUGAAUUGUGCAUGGUGACCUUGGUGAAGGGACCAAGGUCACAGGGAAGCGAAUCACAGUUCUGGGCUCGCUCAUGAGUGGUAGUGAGUGCACACAAGUCCUCGUGAGGUUGAAAGACAGCUUUGAAGUGCUUUCUCAGAAGAGAGCUUCCCUCUGCCACAAAGCACGUCUCCCCCUUCCCUUGGAGCCCAACCGAGCAGGGGGGCUGCGGUGAGCGGCUGCCUUCGAUCUUACUUUUCCUCACACAGUAUACUGCUCGUCUGUCUCUGUGUGUUUAUGUCAUUUGCUAAUUCACUAAUCCCUAAAAAUCUUAAAGGAAAAAGUUGAAGGGUACUUCCGUGAAGGCAUAUUACCUGGAAGAUGCAAAUUUAGGUCUUUUACCAUUGAAUUAAUAGUUCUCGCUUCCCAGCUACGUUCCCUCCCCUUGAAAUUAGCACACAAUGUGUAAAUUCUAUAUUGAGUCAGUGAGGAGCUGUGAAGACUCCUAGAUGAAUGGAGAUUGAGACCACGUGUAGGUUUUAAAUCUCAGUGACUUCCUUCUGAUUUAACGAAGAUUAGCUUGUGCAUUUGAAUACCAAGCCCUCUGAGAGCAAUAAAAACUACACCAUGAAUGUUCGGGUUUUUUUUUUUUUUUUUGGAGGGUGGAUUUUGCUUUUCAUGCACUUCGGACGGGAAGGGGAGGCUCCUUUCAUUUUUUAAAUUAAUAAAUCUCAGAACAGUGUUUUUCUUAUUUCUUUUCCUUUACCCCCUUUUGUUUCUGAUGUUACCAUUGUCCAAAUUCAGGCUGGAUGUUGGGACAGUCGUGCUUGUCAUAGUCCGGGAGGGUGUGCUCUAGAUUGAAGUCGUUGGCAGCCUACAUGCUAGGCCCUGGGUUGGGCGGGGCAAGGAAUUUCUGUGGUGUUUGCUGACCUCUCUGCAGGGGCAGCCUCCAGGGCCAGCCCCCCUCCCACUGGAGAUAUACAAAGGGCGGGGCCCCAGGCCUUGGGCCCCUCCCACAAGUGCCCCGACAGGCUGAGUUCUGAGCCGGGGUGCUGCUGGCCGGCGUGUUUCUCAGCUCAGGUCCCGGUGACAUGUCUUUUGUCACCUGCACACGUAUCCUGGUGCAGCCUGGCGAGUAGAGUUUGGCUUCUGGGCCCUCCCCGUGUGUCCAGCAGUCCCCUCUGGGAAGUUCCAGGGGGCUUCUAGGGUGCCUGUGGCAUUUCAUGGUAACCUUCUGACAGCUACCAGCACCUGGGGACUUUCUGGCCCCUCUCGGGGUCUUUGUGACAGCACUGAGCAGAGAUGGCUUCACUCCUGCAGGUGAGCAGACGCUGGGGAAAGGCUUACCUGGUCGGGGAGACCACUGACAAGAGUUUUAACCCCAAAGAAAGAAGUGAUGCCGGUCAUCCGGUCUUUGGUGACGGCGUACGGGAUGCAUGGCCCUGUCUGUCCACAGCCCCUGCCUGAGAAGCACAGAGUCAGGCUGAAGAGUGGUCUCUACACAAACCACUCAGCAAUGACACAAAUCAGCGGCGUGAACAGAACUUUCUUGCAAAGGCAGUGCAGGCAUGAUCGCCAGUCAGUUUGGAAUCUCCACCCCGUUUGCCCCGUCCCCGCCGUGUGCACCGUGGUACACGCUCUUUGUCACACUAGUUACUGAGCACCGAAAUCGAUCUGGGGAGAAAGCGGUGCGUGCAGUCACGUGUAGGCCAAGAGCCGUCUCCAAGCUGUCCGUGCCCAUGGGACCCCCAUUUGUGUCAGAUUUGGGGUGAAGAAUAAGUAUCUCUCUGCAUGUUGCUUUGUCUCUGCCCAAGACACCGGUAGACAAGCCAGAUAGAAUCUUCUCAGCCCAACUGAUUCUCAGCUGAAUUGUCCGACCCUGUGUGUGAAUUCGUGCUGCAAAUUUCUCACCCACAGCUGCAUGCAGCCCCGGCAUGCGACACAGCGGGCAGGGGUGCCGCGUGGCUUUCAACCCUCUGCAGUGUAACCGGGCUUAGGGUUAAACCAUGGGCCUGACGUGCCUACCUGCCUUCCGUCCGGAGACAGCAUGUCCCUGGCCCACGUGUCUGCCCCUCUCUCUAGCAAGUUAGCUCCCAAAGCAAAGGCAAGCCUCUCCCCAGCACCUGGGCGUGGCCCAUGGCGCCGGCCACACCCCAGCCACGGCCCUGCCUUGGUCCCACGAGGUGCUGCCGGGUGUGUGCAGAUGUUCCUGCGGGUUCUGCAUCCUUGCGUAUCAGGGCCAGGACACGAAAAGGCAGGGCGUGUUUUGGGUAGGAGAUGUCACACUGCACUCUGCUUGACGGAAGGGGUGGACACACGUGAAUUAAGUUCACCGCAGGCCUCAGCCACUAUCUAACUCGUUGGCAAUGGUGGCGUUUCCCACAAAACGCUCUGGACAUAAGAGCGCUUCGGGGAGCCCAGGAAAUCACAGGGUGGCUGACACCUGGCAGCAGCCGCGUGUUCUUUUCAAAGACAAUUGAAUCACUUUAAAGUUUUAAGCUUUGUGAUGACAAGUUCACUUGGAGUUUUCUUUUCCCAUAAACUUUUCCGUUUCUUAACUUUUUGUUGCAAAAGUAUUUUGGACAGAAGUUGAACUGUGAACGAGAUGCUGAAAUGCACUAAAUUGUACUAAACUGGAGUUACUUGAUACCAUGAAGAAAUGCAUCUGAUCUACUUGUAUUUAUUGUCUCAGAAUUGUACGUGGUGACAAUCAAAUAAUACUUGCCUAAACGCCGGGAAAUUCACCUGGCUUCUUAAUCAUAAGGGUCGUCAGCAAGUACUGUAGCUGUAAAUGAAAAUAUCUCUCUUUGGAAAAUCACACCAACCAUCGACUCAAAUGUGUGGGACAGAUGUCGGGGUUCUUUUUCUAUUGUCGACCCUCUGCCGUACCUGACCGUUGGCCAGCUUCGAAGGGUGAUACAUUGUAUGCAGGGUGCAAAUGUAUUAUACGGACGCUUCCUUUUGUACACUUCAUUUUUACAAAUUUGCUACAGCUUUGUGUAGUUGAGGAGAGCGGUAUUUUUGGUCUGUGGGAGCUUGUGGGGGGAGGGAGUGGGGGGAGCUAUAACUUCGACUCUAAAAGCCUGUAUCCCGUAAAACUGGCUGCAUUUGCCGUGCGCUUGCGAAGGUCACUUUGUACGCAGGCGUGCUUGAGCCUGCCUGAGUGGCAGUAUUUUCUAGAUAAAAUGCUGUGGGCAUCAUACUCGUUGAUUAAAAUUGCUGCUGUGAAAGAGGGGGAUAAAAUAACCCCGCUACAAGAAAAAGUGACUGACUGCCUCCUUCUGUCCCUUUGCUUCUGGUCUGCGGAGGGUUUUCCCAGGGAAGGAAAGGCCCUCCAGGCACAUCCUGGCCCGCGGGGUCCUCGCCUGAACAGACCCUCCCGAGGCUGUCGUGAGGACACUUUCUGAGCCUUUCCAUUUCAUGUCAGUUGCUUUCGGAAGGGAAAUCGAGAAGGAGAGCAACCGCCAGGCGGAAACAAGGGAGAAAAGUCUGUUGGUGCAUAAAGCAUGCUAAGUGACCCUCUGCCUAAAAGCGGGUCUUAAAAGCCAUCCAGGACUCAAGGUUUCCAAAGUAGGCAUGUAUAUAUCAAAAACUAUUUUUUUGUAAAAACAAAUGCAUUCUGUGGAGAAAACCCAGGAACGCUUUUUCUUUAUAAAGAAAAGAACUCUUGUCAGAACCAAGAGCUAUUCCAGGGUCUGAUUUGUCUGUCUUGUGAAAAUAAAUCGAGC